UCACCACCAUUCAGGACAAGGACAAGGGUUUGUUGCUUCUUUCUCCUUCUCUUAGGUUUUUAUGCGGACAAGAAUGCUCAGCCAAAAAGUCGCCGUUUCGAGAGGUUUGAUUGCUCAGAUCUUCACCAGGGGAGUGUCCUCGCAGACUGGGAGUGGGAGGCUUCAAGGCAAAGUGGCACUGAUCACAGGAGCAGCAAGCGGCAUAGGCAAAGCAACCGCAACAAAGUUCAUAAACAAUGGCGCAAAAGUCGUCAUAGCCGACAUCAAACAUGAUCUGGGCCGUGCCACGGCUGAAGAGCUCGGCCCCAACGCUGUCUUCAUACCCUGCGACGUCACCAAGGAGUCUGACAUCUCUGCCGCUGUGGACUUCACCCUCGCACGCCACAACCAGCUCGAUAUAAUGCACAACAACGCAGGGGUGCCCUGCAACACUCCACCAAGCAUCUCAGACCUCGACAUGGCGUCGUUUGAUCGGAUCAUCGACGUCAACCUGCGGGGAGUCGUGGCGGGGAUAAAGCACGCGUCUCGCGUCAUGAUCCCGCGGAGGACCGGCACCAUCCUCUGCACGGCCAGCGUCACGGGGAUCAUGGGGGGCAUGGCGCAGCACACGUAUUCAGUGUCCAAGUCCGCAGUCAUUGGCAUUGUCAAGUCCGUGGCUUCUGAGCUCAGCCAGCACGGGAUCAGGGUGAACUGUGUGUCGCCAUUUGCGGUCCCAACGCAGUUCGUGUUGGGGGAGAUGCGCCACCUCCUCCCGGGACUUGAUGAUCGCCGGAUCGCGGAGAUGAUUCACAAUGCAGGUGCUUUGAGAGGAGCAAAUUGUGAGCCUGAGGAUGUGGCCAAUGCAGCUCUUUAUCUUGUCUCGGAUGAGGCUAAGUAUGUUAGUGGGCAUAAUUUAGUCGUGGAUGGAGGUUUUACAGCCUUCAAGAGCUUGGGACUUGCCAUACCAAAUGAGGAGAAAUGAAAAAUAGACGGGUUUGAUUUUUUUUAUUCCAUGUACCACCACUUAAAAAAAAAAAAAGCUAUUUUAUAAACUUCAUUGGUUUUGAUUAUUUUCUUCUGUGCCUUUAUGUUAUUUCGGCAAUUAUAACAAG